GGAUGGUCAGGCGGAUAGACAGACAUGGCGAAACUAUAAGAGUUCCUUUACUUCACAACGGAACGCUAAAAGCAUCGUCAGCCUUCACACAUUGCACUGGUUAGUUGUGAAUCGGCAUUCGCUCGAAUCGUCCGACAUAAUGAAGCCAAUAUUAAUAAUAUGCUUUUCAGCGGCUAAAGUUACAGGAGUUCUUCACACGUUCAGAAUUUUUACAGUUUUGUCUCUCGCUGUCAUCGCGACGGGAGACCAAGAAAAAGUUGAAAUUUUACUGCACGAUGGGAACAACAAGUUUACGGCAAAUAUGUUUUCCGAAGUAGCAAAAGCAAACCCAGAGCAAAGUUUUGUAAUAUCAGCAUUCAAUGUUAUGACACCUCUCGCACAACUUGGCCUAGCAUCAGUGGGUGAGUCCCAUGAUGAACUACUGAACGCUAUUGGAAUGCCUGAUGAUGAUGCUACGAUGGAAGUUUUUUCCAUGGUAAAUACAAGAAUACAAUCCGUUAAAGGGGUGACACUGAAGACAGCUAGUAAAAUUUAUGUUGCUAAGAAUUAUGAGUUGAACAGCGAAUUUGCCGCUCUCACAAGAGAUAUCUUUGGAUCUGAAGUCCAAAAUCUUGAUUUCAAUCAAAAGGGCUCAGCAGCGAAUGAAAUUAAUGCUUGGGUGGAAGAGCAGACUAAUAACCGCAUUAAAGAUUUAGUUAGCCCUGACAGUAUCAAAGACGAAAGCAGAGCUUUUUUAGUCAACGCAAUUUACUUUAAGGGAUUUUGGAAAGCUCAAUUUAAUAAGGAUCUCACUAGGGAUAUGGAUUUCCAUGUUAACAAUGGAGAAACAAUGACAGUUUCUAUGAUGUACAGAAAAGGCUAUUAUAUGUACACAGAAAGUGAUGAUCUGAAAUCUCAGGUUAUCAAAAUUCCCUAUCAAGGAGACGAAACAUCCCUAGUUGUGGUGCUACCUCGUGGUAUUGAAGGUAUUAAAGAGGUACAAGAAAUACUUAGGGAUCCAAACGUUUUGGACAUAGCCCUUAGCGAAAUAUAUGAAACAAUUGUUGAACUGUAUCUUCCUACGUUUAGAAUUGAUACCACUACUGAUUUGAAAGAUAUUCUCGAAAAGAUGAAUGUUACGAAAGUGUUUGACUCUGAAAAGGCUGGACUAUUUAAUCUUAUAAAACCGGACAUAGAUAAACGUGAUUUGUUGUACAUAGAUACAGCUACACAAAAAGCUUUCAUUGAAGUCAACGAAGAAGGCGCAGAAGCCGCGGCUGUAACUUCAUUUGGAAUCGGCAUAAUUCAUCCAUCCAUUGAACCUCCUCCAAUGCCUAUCGAGUUCAAAGCGGACCAUCCGUUCCUAUUCUUCUUAUUAGAAGAAGGCGAUGUUCUAUUCAACGGAAUAUUCUACUCUUAAAUACACGCUAAUAAAAUAUACGCUAAUAAAUACACGCAAUUAUUUC